UCGUAAUACAGUACGGGCACACUGUUGUGUGAACUUGAAAUAAAUAGAAUGUGGUGAAAUAUUUCUCACAUAUUUUGAAACUGUGAGAGUGUUAUUUCUAGUGCUAGUCAUUCAUCGAUUCGAUUCGCAAAACCACACAACACAAUGGGCAGCAACGCAUCACAUGGAGUCGGAGUUGUGGAAACCGCCGCAGCGACUGCAGCCAAAGUUACGGAUACCGCUGCCGCCGGCGAUAAACCGAAAUGCAAGGCUUGCUGCGCUUGUCCCGAGACGAAACGUGCACGUGACCAAUGCAUUGUGGAAAAUGGCGAGGAAAACUGCACGAAACUCAUCGAGGCGCAUAAACAAUGUAUGCGAGACCAGGGAUUCAAAAUCUAAUUGGUCGACUGAGCGUGGGAAAGGCGUCGCGCGGUGUACUUAGAAGGAAUAUUUCAGUCGUCACGGGGGAGAAGAUGCGGCUAAAUAAUUAAUACAUGUAUAUCUCUUUCUCUCUCUCUUCGCGAUGUUUUUUUUUUUUAUA